AUGAAUGGUAUCUUGGCAGAGCGAGACGUUGAGGUUCGUGACUCUGAAACGGGCGGCCCCUUUAAAAUGGAGCUUGUCGAAAGGUGGAGUGAAGAAUCCUCAGCAAGCGACGGGCGGCCUCGCGUCGUGGGGCUAGUGUGGGUGAUGCGCGUUUCUUUUAGCUCGUCCACAGUGAGAGCAUCGUUCAAGGUAGACCUGUCUGUCCGUCUGACUGCUCCCGCAGCGGCCGGCAAGAGGACCGGCCGACCAGGCCCUCACGACCAGCGUGAGGAACCGUGGCCAGCCCGACCGGCAGCGCACAGCCGACUUCUGGGGGCAGCUGGCGCGCCUGGCCGGCCUCGGGACCCGGCGGUGCGUGGCGCAGGGACCGACAAGAUGAGUGAAAGGGCAUGGCGCAGUUGUAUUCGUCAUGGGGAGCAUACACACACCUUUGUUUGGAAGAGCAGCGUCAGCUGGUCGGACGUUGAAAGCGCGAUGGUCCGAGGCAGAGAUUCCAAAAGCCGAAGGCGCGUGUGUGCAGGAACCGUUGCCAAGUUGGAAGUGUAG